AUGGCGGAGGAGGAAGCCAAGAAAGUGGAGGCUGAUCCAUGUUCUGAGGCUCCACCACCUCCGAAGGAAACAGUUGAAGCUACUCCGAAAGAUGUCACGGAGGAGAAAUCUGUAAUCCCACCUCCUCCGGAAGAGAAACCGGCCGCUGAUGAGUGUAAAGCUCUCGCAGUUGUUGAAAAACCAGAACCUGUUGAGGAGAAAAAACUCGAGGGCUCUAUUAACAGAGAUGCUGUACUUGCUCGAGUUGCUACGGAGAAGAGAUUGUCUUUAAUUAAAGCAUGGGAAGAAAGUGAGAAAUCAAAAGCUGAUAACAAAUCUCAGAAAAAGAUAUCUGCCAUAGGAGCAUGGGAGAACAGCAAGAAAGCAAGUCUAGAGGCUGAGCUUAAGAAGAUUGAGGAGCAACUGGAGAACAAGAAAGCUGAAUAUGUCGAGAAAAUGAAGAACAAGGUUGCUCUUGUUCACAAGGCAGCAGAAGAGAAGAGGGCAAUGAUUGAAGCCAAACGAGGAGAAGAUCUUCUCAAGGCAGAGGAAAUGGCUGCAAAAUACCGCGCCACAGGAACUGGCCCAAAGAAACUGCUAGGAUGUUUUUGA